GUACCUAAAUUCAUGGAUGUGAUAUGCCACUGUAGUCCACAUUUUGGAGUACAGUGGUAUAUCCCAUCCCUGCAUGGAGGUACGUUUUCAGACCCAUAUCUAGCGCAGGGUUUAAAUAUAACCACGACUGCGUUCCGACCCCCGUUCAGCUCAGUGUUAACAAGCAGAACAGGAAGGUUUGUAUCUUCUGCCAAUCGCUCGGUAAGCGAUUACACACGUCUGAAAACAUGGCGAAUUUUGUGGAGGCAACAUCCUCGCAGCAGUUUGAGGACUUGCUAUCAAAGGCUGGCAAGUUCCUGACGGUGGUCCACUUCCAGGCAGCAUGGGCCCCUCAGUGCAGUCAGAUGAACGAUGUGAUGGGAGAGCUGGCCAAGGAGAACAAACACGCCAUGUUUGUCAAGCUGGAGGCAGAAGCAGUGCCAGAGGUAUCAGAGAAAUAUGAGAUCGCCUCAGUCCCGACCUUCCUCUUCUUUAAGGGUGGCCAGAAGAUUGACAGGCUGGACGGAGCUCAUGCCCCAGAGCUGACCAAUAAGGUCCAGAGGCUGUCGGUCAGCUCGGGGGGGCUGGGCGGGCCAGGGACGGAGCCCCCUAAAGAUGACCUUAAUGAGCGUCUGAAGAGACUGAUCAACGCAGCACCCUGCAUGCUCUUCAUGAAGGGAUCCCCCCAGGAACCCCGCUGCGGUUUCAGCCGUCAGAUAGUGGCGCUUUUCAAGGACCACGCUAUCCAGUUCAGCAGUUUUGACAUCCUGUCAGACGAGGAAGUGAGAGGGGGGCUGAAGACCUUCUCCAACUGGCCCACCUACCCUCAGGUUUACGUUAACGGAGAACUCGUAGGGGGACUGGACAUUGUCAAGGAACUAGCUGAAUCUGGUGAGCUGGAGAAUACCUGUCCCAAGGCUGUCACACUGGAGCACAGGUUGAAGUCGACCAUCAACAGGUGUCCGGUCAUGCUAUUCAUGAAGGGCAAUAAAGAGCAAGCCAAAUGUGGAUUCAGUCGUCAGAUACUGGAGAUAAUGAACAGUGCAGGAGUGGAAUAUAGCACCUUUGAUAUCCUGGAAGAUGAGGAGGUUAGACAGGGGCUGAAGACAUACUCAAACUGGCCAACGUACCCUCAGCUAUACGUCAAGGGGGAACUCAUUGGCGGGCUGGACAUUGUGAAAGAGCUUAAAGAGAGUGGAGACCUUUCUUCUGUCCUGAGGGGUGAAUGCUAGAUGCCUUUCUUCUGUCCUGAGGAUGAAUGCUAGAUGCCAGUAGCACUGUUACUGUGAUGGGAAUAAGCUAUGGACUACUGCACUCUUCCUUUCCCUCUCGACCCCCUUCAUUCCCCUCUCGACCCCCUUCAUUCCCCUCUCGACCCCCUUCAUUCCCCUCUCGACCCCCUUCAUUCCCCUCUCGACCCUCUUCAUUCCCCUCUCGACCCUCUUCAUUCCCCUCUCUACCCUCUUCAUUCCCCUCUCGACCCUCUUCAUUCCCCUCUCGACCCUCUUCAUUCCCCUCUCGACCCUCUUCAUUCCCCUCUCGACCCUCUUCAUUCCCCUCUCGACCCUCUUCAUUCCCCUCUCGACCCUCUUCAUUCCCCUCUCGACCCUCUUCAUUCCCCUCUCGACCCUCUUCAUUCCCCUCUCGACCCUCUUCAUUCCCCUCUCGACCCUCUUCAUUCCCCUCUCGACCCUCUUCAUUCCCCUCUCUACCCUCUUCAUUCCCCUCUACCCUUCUCUUCCCCUCUCUACCCUCUUCUCUUCCCCUCUCUACCCUCUUCUCUUCCCCUCUACCCUUCUCUUCCCCUCUACCCUUCUCUUCCCCUCUACCAUCUUAGAACUUCCUUAACCUCUCACUUAAAGCCAACAAGGUCACAGUGAAUGCAGUCUGAGGCACGAGGGAUGAAAUAAGUCGUAUAUUAUCCAUCCAUUGAUUUUUCUGAACAUAGCACAGGUGUCCAAAUAAACCCAAUUGAUCAAAGUGCAUUUUGCCACCACCACCAGCUGCAAAUAUAAUAAAGUAAUCCAUGAUGCUA